AUGGGUAAAGAUGGAGGAGGAAUGACUCCUAAACAAAUUAGUAAUAGUAUUAAAGCAAAAGGAUUACAAAGAUUAAGAUGGUAUUGUCAAUUUUGUCAGAAACAAUGUAGAGAUGAAAAUGGUUUCAAGUGUCAUUUAUCAAGUGAUGCACAUAUGAGACAAAUGGAGGUGGUAGCAAGUAAUUCAGGAAUGUUUGUUGACAAGUAUUCACAUGAAUUUGAAGAAGAUUUUAUAAAGAUUUUGUCUAGACGAUACCCUACUACUAGAGUGGCAGCCAAUCAAGUAUACAAUGAAUUUAUAAAGGAUCGUAGUCACAUUCAUAUGAAUGCUACUCGGUGGCCUUCACUAUCAGAGUUUGUAAAGUAUCUUGGUAAAGAGAGUAAAUGUGUGGUGGAAGAGACAUCCAAGGGUUGGUAUAUCACCUAUAUCAAUAGAGACCCAACUUUUGUCAAACAACAAAUGAUAGCAGCCGAUAAACGUGAAAAGGUUGAAAUAACAGAUGAAGAAAGACAACGUAUAGACAUUGAAAAAAGAUUACAAGAAAUGUCAAAAUUAUUGCCUCCAACUAUAAAUGAAUAUAAACCAACUGAAAUUUCAACUGAUCAAUUUAAAUCAAUUUCUUUAUCUUUUCAAAAAGAUAAAGAAACUAAAAAAGAUAAUCAAAAUCAAAAUAAUCAAAAUAAUAAUAAUUUAAAUAUUUUCAAUUCAUUAACAAAUAAUAAUAAUAUUAGUAGUAAUAAUAAUAAUGGUAAUAAUAAUAAUAAUAAUAAUGUACAAAAGAAAUCAGCAUUGGAAGAAAUUAUGGAAAAACAAGAACAAAUUAAAAAAUUACAACAACAAAAAUUACAACAACCAAAACAAGAGGAAUCAUCAUCAUCAUCAUCUACAUCUACAUCCUCUACGACUAUUUCAUCUGGCUGGUUAAUUAAAAAUUUAAUAGUUAAAAUUAUAGACAAGGAAUUAAAAGAAUAUUAUAAAUGGAAAGGAGUAGUGGAAAAGGUAUCAGAUGAUGGAUAUGUUGGACAAAUUAGAUUAUUGGAUGAUGAUAGGGUAUCGCUAAAUAUUGAUCAAGAGUUUUUGGAAACAGUUAUACCAGGACAGGGACAAGAGGUUAUGAUUGUAGAUGGUCGUCAUAGAGGUCGUCAUUGUAAAUUAUUGGAUAUUGAUUUAGACCAAUUCUCUGGCACAUUGAUAGAUCUUGAAACAAAUCAAACUUUUUUAAAUAUUCCCUAUGAACAUUUUUUACUUGUUAAUUGCUUAUACAAUUUACUUUUACAUAUGAAAAAGAAUAACAAAAAACACAACUACUUUUAUAAACAAGAUUGUUGUGAAUCAAAGUCAUCAAAAGUAGUAGCAUCUUCCAUCUCAUCAUUAUCAAACAACAAUAUUAUAGACUCUGCGUCACCACUUCAACUACUACAACAACAACAAUCAUAUAAUAAUUUAAUAUCAAAUUGUUAUCUAUUGAUGUGUCGAGCAGAAGAUUUAUUUGUUGAUAAAGUUAGUAUCCAUUUCAUUUGUCCAAUAGGAAAAGGAGUCAUCGAAGAUCCAAUAGUCACACCAUGUGGUCAUACAUUUUGCAAUCCAUGUCUACAGAAUUGGUUAAAUACAAGAAGGCAAUGUCCGACCGAUAGAUUGCCAGUAACGCAUAAACAACUUAUACCAAACUAUCUCGUUUUAAAUAUAUUGGCUGAUCUCAUUGUAAAGUGUGAUCAUCAUGCUCAAGGUUGUCAAUGGGUUGGAAAAUGGUCAACACUUAGUUGUCAUCUUAGACAAUGUCAAGCUGCUUUACCAAAAGUUAGAUUUUGGUUAAAACAUCAUGUACCAUUUGGACAACAAAUAAGAGUGACAGGAAGUUGUGAUCAAUUGGGGAAUUGGGAUCCACAAAAAUCAUUUCCACUCAAGUUUUCACAAGGAGAUACUUGGGAAGGUGAAAUCAUACUUGGCCAAGCAGGUCGAAUAGAAUAUAAAUAUUUUAUAUCCUACUAUGACACUGGUGAAUUGGUGUAUUGGGAAGGUGGACCAAAUAGAGUUUUUUUAGUUUCAAGUAACUCUAAUUAUAGGAGAGAUAUCUUUCGUAAUCCCUAA